UACGUUGUGUGACUUUGGAUAGAAUUAUUUCAUAGUGGACGAAACUACUUCCAGGUCAAGUUUAGAUACAUUUUUCGGGAAUUUAGACGCCCAUAAUCUACACAUGGAUGACAAGAACAAUGACAGAGGAGAAAGUACUGCUAGACAAGCUACAAGAACUACAAAAUUUGGCUGCAUUUCUUCUCCAAAGAAGUGAAAAGUUAAACCCUUGUAUUGAAGGACUGCACAAGCUAACCAGAAAAAUUAAAGCUGAAUUAAAAUUCUUGGAAUCUCUUCAAACAAAACAAGUUCCAAUCAAAGCUAGUCACAUACAAAGCACUAAUCUCACUCAUCUACAAGGUGUUGUCAAGGCAACAGAGCAGUCUAAUGGUGUUGUCGCUGUGUUGAGAACCUUUAAUUUCAGCCCUUCAAAAGAUUCAGAACAGCAAGUCAACACUUCUUGCAUAGUUGAUGUCAUUGCUAACAAUGGAAGUAACUGGAUCAAAGUCAUUGCUAGAAAUCCUAAAUCUUUACAUAAAAUAUGGGAAGGUCAAGGACAGUUUGGAGAUAAAGACCUUUUUGACCAAGCCAAGGUUUUUGUUGAAUGCAGUAAGGAUCAUCCAGUGCAUUUUCAAAACCCAGUUGUCACGUUUUUGUUCUGCAAUGGGGUCACUGAAAGCUUGGCAAAGUGUUUAAUAGAGUUAGGGAUUGAUGUACAAGGAGACGUACUUGUUGACCCAGUAAAUGAAGCUGUAUCACUUAGGCCAGAGGCAGUAUCAUCAUCAUGCAUGCAGCUGGACAGCAAUGCUGAAUCCAAGAUUCCUAUUACUAUAAAUCGUGUUAACCUAGACGUAUCGACCAUGAUUGCCUUUGUAUCUGCUGUGACUAAUGGCGGAGCUAUGUUUGUGUUUAAGGAUAGUAUCCUAAACUCACAAGCAGAAAAAGAACGCAGGGGUCCCUUACUUCCACUUCUGAUAGAGUAUUUUGAAGGUAAAGAACUGCUUGUUUGCAGCUCUGCCAUUAACGAUUUUGAGAAAAUUGUUCAGACUAUUGGAGGUCCCAAGGAGAAGGAAAGAGCAAGCCAGCUUAUGGAUCAAAUCAGAAACGUUCCAGAUCAGCCAUCGAAAAGAUCCAUGGGUCUAAAAGACAGCGCGAGCAUCAAACUGCGAUCGAAAAUUGUUUUUGGUACGGGAGACACACUCAAAGCUGUAACAGUCACCGCCAAUUCAUCAUUCGUGAGAGCGGCAAGCAGUCAGGGGGUAAACUUCAGUGUUUUUCUACAUGAUUCAAGGGCAUUGACGGAAUCCAAAGAGAGUCAAGCCGUGCCUAUACCUUCCUCGUGAUUAACUCCACAGCAAAUCAGCUAGAAUACGCUGACAAGGCUGGCAUGAAUCAGACUGCAUUGCCUGGGGCGACUGAAGAAACUGAUAUAAGCUGAACUCAGCCUUAAUUGCAAUUACCAGAUCACUAUCGAUACGACUCCUUAGGUAUGGUUGUUCUUAUACUGAUUACAAUUGGACACAAUGCUUGUGUUUGUUACUCCUAACAUUCCUUAAAACCAUCAAUGAUUGAGAUAAAGAAAAGAUAAAGAGCUACGCCAAUACAAUGCGAUACUAGGCUUGCCUAAUCAAGGCGGUGAUCAACAAUGGAGCAAGGUGCGGACAAUCAGUCUCAGAACUCGUACGAAAGCUAUUAAAAAUGGACCGCAAUUGUACACCAAAUAACGUUGCUUCAUCUGGGGAGAAAAAUACAGCUACAGCGAGUUUUAUCUGGAGCAGAGGUUACAUCUCCUUUUGGAGAGAGAUUUCAAGACAUUAAUCUCGGUACAAUACGUAAUUUUGAAGUAAAAAAUGGGAAUUUCCUCUUCAGUGCGCGUAAAAAAACCCAGUUUAUUACAGUAUCUUUACAUUGAAAUCUUGAGGAAAUACAACGAAACACAGUGCGUCGCGCGAUAUCGGUCAUGACGCAAUUCGAACGCGUGCGCAAUACGAUGCAAAUCAAGCCGAAAGCGAUGACGACGAGAAGAUGGUAUGGUUUUGCUAAGAAAAAAAUUAACAAAUUCCAAGUUUAAAGUAUGGAUACUUGUAUGACUGUUUAAUUGAUUCCGCGCUUAGCAUAGAAAAAACGUGCUUUGGCCGCGGCGCGCCGGUGUUUAGUUUUGCCGCCUAAAAUUUACAUGACCAUGAACAUGGACUUGAAUUGAAAUUCUUCCGAUGCGGACAAACAUAGAUCUAGAAUUUUAAUUAUAUCGUAUUUAAAGGAGAGUAUAACUGAAUAUGAUAUCAUAAUGUUCCUCUAGUGUUAUCAUACCAGGAGUUUGGUUACCAUCCGACCGCCUAAGUAGACAGCAAUGUAGACGGUUUUCUAAAUCGUAUGUAAUAUAUACCGCAGCUCUUUAGGUCACGGAAGAGUUAAGAAAAAAGUCUAUCGCAAAAAGGACUGGGUUUUCUUU